UCAGUGCUUUCGUCUGCUAGUACUGACGCUCUUUACCAGAGGUACUGACGCUCUUUAGCAGCUGAUGAGCCUGAAGACCGUGAACGGCACUGCACCUUAUCUGCAAGGUAGUGUCUAAGUCAUCUUAGUGUCUUGGAUGCGUUCGAUUGAGAUAGUAUGAGUUGGAUACGAAUCCAGCAUUAUCAUUUAGCCACAGUUCUAAGACGUGGAUUGCAGUCCAGAAGAUUAAGUAGGUGAUCCUUAGAGUCCAGCAGCAGGGAAAUUAGUGCCAGGUGUUCGUCAAGUUUUUGAGAAGCCCACUCGUCGCGUCAGUGACGUUCAAGCCGGUUAAAGCGCUUCGCUGUCUCAGCGAGGACUUUCUGUUGGCGGCUGGAAGGAACGAAGCUGGGAAAACACCUCGGUCUCAUCCGGGACGUUGCGAUGACGACAGCAGCUGCAGCCAAGAGCCCCGUCAGAAAGCUGUCGCACACGCUGUGCUCCAGUGUUCUAGCCGAUAUACACAAAUGCGCGUCGAAGAAGCAGACGGGAGUGAGCCUGAAAUACAUGAUGGCUCACGGCUCGUAUCCGACGGAGCGGAAUCUGAUCACCGCGGCGCAGUUCCUGCAUCACGAGCUCCCCGUGCGACUGGCUCACCGCGUCACGGAACUCGAGAACCUCCCGCACGGCUUGUCGGAUAAAGCUCCCAUUCUCAAGGUGCGCGACUGGUACGUGGACUCGUUCAAGGACAUCCACCAGUUCCCGCCUAUUGAGAACGCCAGAGAAGAGAUGCGCUUCACGGAGCUGCUGGACCAGGUGCGCAUGCGGCACAACAACGUGAUGCCGACGGUGGCCAUGGGGGUGAGCGAGCUCAAGCGGGACCUGUUCGCCGACAGCACGAGACAUGGGCUCGACAGCAUGCCUGAGAUCCACCAGUUCCUGGAUCGCUUCUACAUGUCGCGGAUAGGCAUUCGCAUGCUCAUUGGUCAACACGUUGCGCUCCAUAAACCGUCGCCACCGCCCCACUAUAUAGGUCUGAUAUGCACCAAGGUGUCGCCAGUGGACGUGGCUCGCAACGCUGUGGAUGACGCCCGGUCAGCGUGCAUGCGCACGUACGGCUCUGCCCCUGAUGUGCACAUCUACGGCGACCCCGACCUCAGAUUCGCGUACGUGCCAGCCCAUCUGCACCAGAUGCUGUUUGAGCUCGUGAAGAACUCCCUGCGUGCCGUGCAGGAGAGGUUUGCAGAUGCCGACCAUGACCCGCCGCCCAUCCGCCUCAUCGUGGCGGACGGCAUGGAAGACGUGACCAUCAAGAUCUCGGACGAGGGAGGUGGCAUCCCCCGCAGUGGCCUGCCUCGCAUCUGGACGUACCUCUACACCACGGCUAACUCACCCAUUGCUGCUGGGAAUCAACUUCACGAGAUGCCCACUGUCAUGGCUGGGUACGGCUAUGGCUUGCCCAUCAGUCGGCUGUACGCGCGCUACUUCGGGGGCGACCUGCAGGUGGUGUCGAUGGAAGGGUAUGGCACUGACGUGUACCUGCACCUGAACCGCCUCAGGAACGUGCAAGAACCGCUGCCUUAGGUGCCACUCAAUACACAUCACUGCCCACAUUACACCAUCGCCGCCCACAUUGAUGCCAUUGCUGCCCACAUUGACGCCAUUGCCGCCCACAUUGACGCCAUUGCCGCCCACAUUGACGCCAUUGCCACCCACAUUGACGCCAUUGCUGCUCACAUUGACACCAUCGCCACCCACAUCGACGCCAUCGCUGCUGACAUCGAUGCCAUUAUCAGCUUCCGCAGCAACGUGACGGGCAUCUGCACUGCCACGAGCAUCCGCUCCACCAUCCCAUCAAUGUCAUGAGCGCCUGCUACAGCAGCUUGGCGCAGCUGGCACCAUCAUCCCCACACCGCCCUCCAUCAAAGCAGCCAGUGUUCAGGAGGAGUCGUGAGCAAUAAGGCUGUACAUCACAGCCCCAACCACUUACCCACCCACCCCCAUACCCUCAUGCUCACCCACCCGCCUACUCACCCACCGGCCCACCCACCCACUCAAAAUAUGAAGUGCUAUGGGCUCAUGCUCCACACUCUCCACCAUGCCUCUGCCGUCGUCACAUAUCCCUCCGUCCCGCCCGCCCCCUCCCCUUCAUCCUCUACCAUCCCUACCUUUCUCUUGCAAAGCUCAGAUUUUAACUCCGCGCUCCGAUUCUCUUUUUGGUUCGCCGCACUGUUGGUUGGCUAGCUACCUGUGUUCCUGCAAGCUGCUAUGUAGCUAGUAUUGCGCAGCCUGGUAGGCGUUCCUUAGCCCGGCAUUGUCACAUUGUACAGAGCGGAGUUAAAGCUAUUUGUGUGGCAAGUGCACACAAGGUUGUGCUCCUGGAUGGAUGAGUAGUUCAGACCGUACUGAAGGCAGGAGAGACGCUUGUGUUGGAGGAUGAACUAGCUGUUCGCACCAGGGCCCCAGGUAUA